UUUGUGAGUGAUACUGUAAAAAUACAUCGAUAUCAAUGUAAAUGCAACCCAUGACAUCGCAGCGGCAUUUAUGUUGGGUAUCAAAACAACAAAGCAAUAGCACACACAUACUCCCGAGGCAAAACCGAAAGAGAAAACGCAAUCAAAGGAACCGCCAGCGAGAGCAUUUAUAAAUUAUUGCAGUCCGUUCUAGCAGCCGUUCAGUCGUCCACCAAGAGAGAAUCCUCCCAAAAGAGUGUUUGUGCGCAGUUAAUCGACCCAGACCAGACCCACGGAGUUAAGUGAAACCCCACACCGUACACCAAGCGCCAGCGGUCUCUCGAAUUAUGAAAAUCACAGUGACUGCGUCCGAUGAUCGGCUAUUCUGCUUGGACGUGUCCCACGAUCUCGAGCUGGAGAACCUCAAAGCUCUCUGCGCGAUGGAGAUCGGUGCCGAAGUCGAUCAAAUUGUCGUUCUUUUCAAUGGGCAGGAGCUGACGAACAACAAGCACUCGCUGCAGCAGUGCGGCGUCAACGAUGGGGACUUUAUUAUGCUGGAGCGAAGAAGGCCCAACAAUCGCGCAGGAGGUGCCAACAAUCCGGUGAUAAGUGGACUCGACUUUAGCAGCAUCGCUGUGCCGGGAACCAGUGCAGCGACCAGUGGCGGCAGCCCACCCUCGACCAACCCCAACCCCGGUCUGGGAGGAUUAGCAGGACUGGGAGGAGGUGUCGCCAGCAACAGUCUGCAGCAGCAACAGCAGAUGCAGAACCUAACAGACAUCCCCAUGACGGACGAAUUCAAUGUGAACUUCGAUGACGAUCCGGCUACGGUGAGGCAGUUGUUAUUGUCCAACCCGGAGACACUGGCCUUGCUGCGGGAGUAUAAUACGCGGCUAGCGGAGGCCCUCGACUCGGGGGAUCCGGACACGUUUGCCCGGGCCCUGAGGGAGCAUGUGACGGAGCGGAAGCGGCGCAACGAUCAGCGAGUGCGAAUGCUGACGGCGGAUCCGUUCGAUGAGGAGACGCAGCGUCUGAUUGCCGAGGAGAUCAAGCAGAAAAACAUUCAGGACAAUAUGGCUGCGGCCAUUGAAUACAAUCCGGAGAUCUUUGGAAUGGUCACGAUGCUGUACAUCAAUUGCAAGGUGAACGGUGUGCCGGUGAAGGCCUUCGUUGACUCUGGGGCCCAGACGACAAUCAUGAGCAAGGACUGUGCCGAGAGGUGUCACGUGAACCGGCUGAUUGACACGCGCUGGAACGGUGUCGCCAAGGGUGUGGGCACCCAGCCCAUUCUGGGCAGAAUCCACAUGGUUCAGCUGCAGAUCGAGAACGAUCAUUUGACGUCCAGCUUCACCGUCCUUGGCCAACAGCCCAUGGACAUGUUGUUGGGUCUGGACAUGCUGAAGCGUCAUCAGUGCCUCAUCGAUCUGCAAAGGAAUCUGCUGAUAAUUGGCACCACCGGAACGACGACACCAUUUUUACCCGAAAGCGAGCUACCGGUUGGUGCCCGGCUCACGGGCAAUCCAGAGGAACAGGCCGAACAGCAGGCGAUUGCUGAGGCCAUGGAGCAGAGUCGGAAAGAGGGCGGUGCAUCCACCUCCACCUCCGCCUUGGCAAGGUUCGGGGCGAAUACCAUCCAGCCAAUGGAUCCGUUUACCGAGCAGGAUGUCAGCGAUCUCAUGGCCCUCGGAUAUCCGCGCGGCGAUGUUCUCAUUGUGCUGAAGCAGUGUGGCGGCAAUAAGCAGGUGGCCAGAUCCCUGUUGCUUAGCCGCAACGAGGCAGCCGGUGGCGGACUUAGCUGAACUCGGGCUGGAGCCCCAGCAUCCCCACCUCCACCCCCAAACCCGUGCUCUGCCUAUCCCACGACAAACCCCACAGCCACCUCCUACGCAACACAGUUCACUCCUCUGGGAUCAAUUGUAACAAGAUCAUGAAAACCAAAAUUGCAGGAUAGCUAAGGAUAUGCUGACGAACAAUCAUAGCCAGCCAGCCAGCCAACCAGCCAGCCAGCCAGACAGACAGCCACUAGAUUCCGUUUUAACGAAAUACUCCGAGCAAUACCAAAACAAAAAUGGAAAAUGGAUAAAAUUAAAUUUGUAAUUUAGGAAAA